CAUCAAGACCCUGGAGGAUGGGCUGGACAUAUUGGCAGCAAACCCCCAUGGCUCGCCGGGCUUGUCACCGACAAAUCUUUGGGUGAACUGGAUUGCCCUUGAAAAAAUCCCGCUUGUUUAAAAUCUCCAACCCGUUCCGUCGACACUGGCCAUGGACCAUUUCCGUCGCCGUGCUGGAUGAGAUCUACUUGCACCUGGUAUGGUCAGCUCGCUGGCCAGGGUCAGACUUUACGACCUGAAUAAUCUCGAAUUCGAAAAGCCUGAGACAGUUGACCGACCCAGUUGCGCCCACUUUGAGACUCAGACAUGUACUAUGCCCAAGUCUGCAGAGAGUGAGCAGGCGGCCGCGCUGUGCCUCUGAGAUAAGGGUCGAGAGAAUCUCAUUGAUGAUGCAGCGUGCAAGAGAUAUGCAACGUAUUCACAAUGAGGUUGCAUUAGCGCAAGCCCGAGUGGCAGUAUCACAGAGGUGUCCCGAGCGUUUCGGAUAAGCCGAGGAGUCUACCACCCUUCAUCUUGGCAUUGGUGUAUCUCCCACAUCUAUUGCCCAAUGAGCAGCGAAUAAGGACCGAGUUGUUUCUCUGUUACUCCGGACUCAGCGGAAAACCUUCCUUAGAUGGCACCGAAUCUCCGUUCUCUCUUGAUCCAGGUGGGUCUCGUGCGGCUGAGACUUAUGCAGAUCAUUCUGGGGGCCAAUGUUGGACCAACCUAUAGACUCCACUGCAGCGUCGGCACGAACCAUCUAGAUCAAGGAUCGUCUGUGUGAGCUUUGAAUUGUGGAGAUGCGUGGCGACUCUGGCAUGUUCACUAUCUGAUGUCAAAUCUACUGAGUCGGUAAAAACACCACGUG